AUGGUGAUCUGGAAUAGCAGUGAUACUAUGGAGCCCACAUUUAUCUUAAAAGGUUUUCCUGGUCUGGAGUAUGUUCAUUCCUGGCUCUCCAUCCCACUCUUUCUUGCAUAUUUGGUGGCAAUUACUGGUAAUAUUACCAUCCUUUCUGUUAUUUGGAUAGAGUCAUCACUCCAUCAGCCCAUGUAUUACUUCCUUUCCAUCUUGGCACUUACCGACCUGGGCAUGUCCAUGUCCACAGUUCCCACAAUGCUUGCUGUGCUGUGGUUUGAUGUCCGGGAAAUCCAGGCAAGUGCUUGUUAUGCUCAGCUCUUCUUCAUCCACACAUUCACAUUUCUGGAGUCCUCGGUGCUGCUAGCCAUGGCCUUUGACCGUUUUGUUGCUAUAUGUCACCCACUACACUAUUCUACCAUCCUCACCAACAGUGUAAUUGGGAAAAUUGGUUUGGCCUGCUUGCUCCGAAGCAUGGGAGUUGUACUGCCCACACCCUUGCUCCUGAGACGUUAUCACUACUGCCAUGUCAAUGCCCUCUCCCAUGCCUUCUGCUUACACCAAGAUGUUCUGAAAUUAUCCUGUUCAAAUGCCAAGAUCAACAGCAUUUAUGGGCUGUGUGUAGUUAUUGUCACUCUAGGUGUGGAUUCAGUCUUCAUACUUCUUUCCUAUGCUCUGAUUCUGAAUGCUGUGCUUGGUAUUGCCUCUCAUGAAGAGCAGCUAAAAGCACUCAACACAUGUGUAUCCCAUAUCUGUGUGGUGCUCAUCUUUUUUGUGCCAGUUAUUGGGGUGUCAAUGGUCCAUCGCUUUGGGAAACAUCCAUCUCCCAUAGUUCAUGUCCUCAUGGCUGACGUCUACCUGCUUCUCCCCCCAGUUCUUAACCCUGUUGUCUAUAGUGUUAGGACUAAGCAGAUUCGUCUAGGAAUUUUCCGCAAGUUUCAAUUAGGGAGGAGGUUUUAA